CAGGGCCAAGACGGAGGUAGCGGUGGCGGUGGUGGUGGAGGUGGUGGACGCCGUCAAAGGUUCGGGUUCGAGUCCAGAUCCCGCGGCGAGUAGGCGAGCUCACGCCUACCCCUCCUCCUCUCUUCCCUGCCGCCUUUGUCUCCCUUAGACUUCCUACCCCGGGCCAACAGCGACAAAGGUGUGGAGCGAUGAACGGGCCGGGCCCAGGGCCGAGCGAGAUGAUGGCGGCAGCCCCUGGCGCGGCGGACGGCGCCGCGCCGGUGUGGGAGCGACCGUGGACGCUGGCCGAGAUGCGCCGCGGGAGCAACAGCUGGUCCCUCGCCAGCGAUGCCAGCCUGCUGCUGUACAUGCAGGAGUUCUCACAGCAGCUGAUCGCGCGAACGCACGAGAUGGAGCGUGAGAUGGAGCGGCUCUUGGGGCAGGCCCGUGGCACUGACUGCCGUCUACGCAACACCUUCAAUGACUUCCUGUCGCUCGCGCACACGCAGUUCAUCGAAAACAGGGUGUACGACGAGGAGGUUGAGGAGGUUCCCGCCAAAACGGAACCGGCAGAAAAACCUGACCAGGCAAAGCGCGAGGCGGAGCUGAUCCCACGGAUCCGGCAAGCCGUGCAGCUGGGCUUGCACGUGCUGGACGGCGCCUUUGAGACGCUUGACGCCAAGGGCGGAGCCGCGGACUCGGACUCCGAGGAGGACGAGGCCGUCUACCACGUGGAGCCCAUCCUGGAGCCCAAGGACCCUUACUUGGACCGACCCCUGCCGCACAUCAUUGGCUCACAGCAGUUCCUGAGCUCCGACGAUGUGGGACUGGCAGACAUCAGCAGCGAUGAAGACGCCGCGGACAGCGACAGGGAGAGCGCGAGUGAUGCCGAGAGUGACGAGGGCUUGCCCAACGGGAACCCAUCGGAGGGAACGACUGAAUCGGAUGAAGAGAGUGAAGGGGACAAGAGAUCCUUUGCGUCGCGGAGACCGGAAAACGGCGAUCCCAGCUACGAUGGAGAGGAAUCCGAGCCGGAUAUCUUUGGCCACUCGGAUGAGGAGGAGCCGGAGAGACGGGGGGUGGCGUCGCGCCCCCCACGUCCCACGGUGCUCUUCCCUGACGAGCGCACCUCCAAGCUGCCCCGUCGGAAAAUGAGCGUCGACUCGGAGGACAGAUCAUCGAAUGCGUCGGGCGAAUCUGCCGCUCGUAGAAGACACCCGGAGAGGACGCCCAGUCGCAGAGACAUGCUGGCAGCCCCGGAAGAUGAAGACGAGUCCCCCUUUGCGAGCACCAGGGGGAUGUUCUCGGGUGGCAAGGGCCUGUUUGACGACGACGAGGAGGGCGGGCUCUUUGAUGAGGAAGUGAGGACUGAAGAAAAGACUGUGCCUGUCCCUGCAGAGACUAAGAAAGAUCGGACGUUAACGAAAUCUGGGAAAAAAAUCCCAGCUGGUGCCGUGUCCUUAUUUCCCGGCGAGGGCAUUUUUGUGCCUCCGAAGCCGCAGCCCGUGGCCCAGGAGGUGCCGAAGGUCGUGCAAUCCCAGCCGGAGAAGAAGCCGGCCUCCACUUUGUUCAGCGACGACGAAGAGGGUGACCUCUUCGCGGGAAUCGGUGGAGCUGGCAAGCAGACCAAAGCAGUUGCAGAGGCUCCGAGGGCAAAGCCCAGCCAAGGUCUGUUUGCAGACGAGGAUGCCGACACUGACGGAGAUGACGGUGGAGGCCUUUUCGGCUUCAAGCCGCCAUCCACAAAGACCCUCCCGUCCAGGACGGACACCGCCAAGGUGUCGCCAGCCCCGAGCCAGCAGAGCAAGCCGUCCACCCAGCCACUUAAACCCAAGGUUACUUCCUCCCUCUUUGAUGAUGAUGACGACGAGAGUGAUCUCUUUUCAACGGCACCCACUCAGAAGCCUUCAAACGAAGGCACCAAACCGAAAGCCACCGCCGGCCUCUUUUCUGACGACGAAGACCUGUGGGAUUCCGCCAGUAUACCCAGAGCCAAGGUGGAGAAACCUCAAGCCCAAGCCGCCGGGACAUCUCCAGCAGCCCCGGUGGCACGGAAGGCCCCCAGCCAGGCAGCGGCGGAGUCAGCUGUCCCGGCAAUGGCGGCGGCGAAACCUCCGGCGUCAAAGCCACGCGCGGGGACGGGGUUAUUUGACGAUGACGACGAAGGGGAUGACGACCUCUUUUCGGUGGCGGCGCCAAAACCGGCCAGCAAGCCGGGCCGGGCAUCGCUGCUGUUCGAGGACAACGCCGACGAUGCGGAGGGAAGCUCUGCGCUCUUCGCCGCGUCUCUACCCGCCGCGGCCCCCGAGGCCGCCCGGCCGCCGGCACCGUCACACACGAAGACGAAAGGGCAGCCGCUGGAGGCGCACUGGGAGGAGGACGAGGACCGGCUCCCCCCGCCACUCACCAGCUCCGUCCCCAAACCCGGCACGGCCAAGCCCAAGGUGCUCAGUCUGUUCGACAGCGAUGACGAAGACGGCGACGACAGGGGUGCCGAUGGUGGUCACGGAGACUCCGUUGACGCUGGCCACCUCUUUGGUGUGGGCGUCAAAAAGCCGCAGGCAGCGCCGCGCGUGAACUCCGCGGACGGAGCUGGCGCGAAGCAGCCGCCGCCACCGCAGGCGACGACGAAGGCGGCCAAGCCGGGCGUGUUUGACGACGAGGAGUUCUUGUUCAGCCGAAGUCGCGAGCAGGAGGGCGAGCCCGACGUGGACCUGUUUACGAAAUCGGGAAAGAAUCCUUCGGAACUGCCGACGCCCAGCCUGCCUCCGUCCAAAUCAAAACCCCCGUCAACAGCCAUCGGGAAGCUGCAGGCCAGCUUGGCCAUAGACCCUGCCAAACUGCUGCCUGAUGGCCCCAAACCCAAGCCCCGCCCACCGCUGACCUCGUCCCACCAGCCAGCCAACCAGGAAGCAGCGGGGGCGGUGUCGGUGAAAUCGUCGCCCGGGUCGGGGCCGGAGGAGGCAACAAUCGGCUUUGAGCGGCCGGCACAAGCAGACACUCUGCACAGCCUCGGCAAGAACCGAGCGAAGGUGGGUGGGAAUAGACGGCCGCCAACUCGCGCCGGACUCCGCCUGUCAAGCGAGAAGUCUGACGAGCCGGACGGGCCGUCCACAUCCACGUCCACGUCUCCAUCGCUUUCGCUGUCGCCUUCCGAAGACAAGGACGCGAGGUCGCGGCCAUCUCCAUUGAUCGCAGGACCGGCUUUCUCACCACCACCAGCGGUUCCAGCCGACGUACCGUCUCCUCUCCAAGGCGUUGUGAGCAUGCCGAGCCAAUCGGUGAAGCCGGGGCAGGGACCGUCCGCUGAGAGCUCGACACCAGCUAAAGCCGACGCCAAUGCCGUGAACGCGAGAGCUUUUGACGAGGGAUUAAAAAAACCAGCCGCGAGCAAACCGCCAAAGUCGCUCGACAUGUUCCUGUCGGACGAAGACGACGAGCUGUUUGGCGGCAGCAAGGCGAGGAAGCCCGCAGUGAUCACCGCGCAGCAGACAAAAUCCACCACAGGGUCACGGCCCGUCCUCAGCGACGACGAUGACUUAUUCGCGCCGCUGUCAAAGCCUUCGAAAGCGAGUGCAGAGGAGGAGGGACCAUCGGCCUUAUUUGGAAGCAGUGCUAAAGUCGUUGGUGGCGCCAAGGCUUUGGGAAUCGGCUCGGACGAUCCGUUUGAUUUCGAUGACCUCUUUGGCGAUGUUCCCAAGGCUUCGAAAGUGCGUGCUGUGCCACAGCAGCCGAAGGUGGCGCAGUCACCGCAGCCUACCGCCACCACUGCAGCGGAGCCGCAUUCCAAAUCUGCAGCUGAUGCCCUCGACGCCCUGUUUCAAGACUCGGUCAAAAACGCAGCGGUGCACAAGAAGGCUGCGUUGUUGGAUGAUGAGGACGAUGACGAUUUGUUUGCCGGUCUGACGAAGCCCAAGAGCGUGCAGCCUGGCGCCAAAAUAUCGGACCCGGCCGAGUCGAGCCAACCGCCACGGGAAGAGCCCGAGGAUAAAAUGGCAGUGGUGCCCGAGUUUGAGAGCCAGAGCUACGGCACGGUUUUGUUUGGCGGGGCGCGCGGCUCCGAGGACGACUCGCAGAGGAAAGAUCUGACGUUCAGCGAGUCGGACGACGAUGACGGUCUGUUUGGUGCCAGCACCAAGAAAGUAUCAGAGGUGCGACCGAAGAGCGGCAGCAAAGCGUCGGCGACUGGCAUUGCUCAGGACGAUAUAUUUGGGGGGGCGGCCAAGGCCAAGCCAAAGUCGCACACUCCCAAGAACGUGUUUCUCGAUGACGACGAUGACGCCGACAUCUUCGGAGACAUCUUCCCUGGGCCCGGGUCGAAGACAAAGAAGGCGGCGGUGUCUGGAGAGGGGACGCCACGACCGCCGUCCAACCUCGCCAAGCCAGCAAGCGCUUCCGUCUUUGAUGCCGACUUUGAUGACAUCUUUGUGGUGGAAAGCUCCGCCGCUUCAAAGAAAACGACGCCGUCACGACCGGCUGAGCCAAAGAAAGACAAAGUGGACACCAUUUUCACCGACCCACUCAACGCACUCGGUGGCCCAUGAAGAAGAGAUAAAAACAAAACAUCGUAACGUCUUUUAUAUAUAUGUAUGUUAAAAAACACACAAAUGGCACUUUUAUUUCCAGGGUAGAAGCUGCAGUCUAGCAUUGCUUUUUUCUAACCUGUGCUGCUGGUGGUCGGCAGUCGCAGUACCGAGAUGUGAUUAUAUUACUGCUAGAGGAGGCUACGGUGAAGGUACACAGAUGUAACGAAAAUUCUUGACACCAAUGCCGCUUUUGACUUGCCGCGCACCGAGCAGUUGUAGAAGCCCGACCAAAAGACCCACGUGGAGAGGGAGGGAGGGAACACGUAGGGAUGCCGUGAGCUUUCGGACAUUUCUAUUCGUCAAUUAGAAGUUGGGGAGAAUAGGCUUCUAGAGACAGGUGACACAAAAAGCCCCGUUUCCACUGGCACACCCGGUCCGCACCAGCACGUGUGGGGCCCUCACGGUCAUGGCGGUUUCCCACUGGCUGUUUUCCGUGCCAAGCAGUGAAACUCUGUCCUCACAAUACAUCUGAAUUUGGCAUGGGGGGGGGGGGUUUAAUCAUUAUUGUCAUAAGCGACAGAUGCGACCAUUUUCUUUUUCUAACCUUUACUCGGCAUCUAACGGAUUCACCAUUCCCCCUUUCCCCAUUGAUUCACUGAAUUGUCACGAUUCAAUUAUUUUUGUCGCCAUUUUUUCAGUCUUGUAUUUAAUCUUUUGUUUCGUUCGUACACCGUCGUUCACCGUUAGCCAAAAUGUGAUGGUGCAUUUUGUGCAAAAAAAAUCUCUUGCACGCAUGAUUUGGUGCACGUAAGCGUAGGAAUUCAUGUUUUUUUCUGUUUCGAAUCGGGGCAGCCGUUACUUUCUUAAUGUUUACCAUCCCAAAAAAAGUGCUGGCAGGGUGGUGGUCUGAGGUUGCCAGUCGCUCUCCCUGGCUUGGCUGUUCCCUGUAUGGUGGGAAGAGGCUGCUCUUGGCUUUUUGCCGUCGGUAAAUUCAGAUCUGUACGGAGGGACGUGCACAUGUUAGUCGGAGGCUUUAUAGAAAUGACACUUUAACCAAGAGCUCUGUUUAAAAUUAAAUGAUAUUGUAAUAAUACUUUACAUUUGAAGAAAUCUUUUUAAAUAACACUUGCUGCUUACGUUUGUUACCUAGAAUCCAGCAUUACACAGAAUGGAAGAAUGCCUUGCCUUACUAAUUACGAUGACCUGGAUUACUAUGGCAUAUUACACUUGCAAUAUUUAUAUACGUUAAAUCGGUGCAGCAAAACACAUCGUAUUCUACUUCCAUGAUUGCAUGUCUAUGUUCUCCACCUUCACCAGUCCGUAUGGACCAUCGUAUGGUGAAGUACGGUUAAAUAACCCCCUCGACCUGUGCUGCUUGGAGAGGCCCUCACUCAGCAGCGAUUUACAAAUGUGUACGUAUGUACGUACGUACACAUGUACGUGGACAAAUUGGUGUCUGGUUAAUGUCAUCGUCGCAUGUUGCUCACGCUUUGUGGUCAAAGGAGUCAUUUUUCGUGAUUCAAUGUCACAUUUUUUUUUCGAGUGGCUCGCAAACUUCACACAUUCUGAAACGGCCUCCUUGGUGUACCGGGAAAUUGGUCGUUGGUUCACAUAAACCCAUGUGCCCACUCUCAGGGCCCCAGUUUGAAUGCAGAGAGUUGCCUGUGAUUAAACUGAGUUUUCAAGUCUUGGUCACAGCCCAGUCACAAAUAACUUUUAGGUUUGGUUUUGGCACUUAAAUUAGUAAAAAAAUCAACUGAGGACAAUUAAAAACAUAAUUUUGACUCGUGCAAUGAACAUUUCUCGCGAUGGUAGGGCCGGUGGGAAAUUGAUACCCCCAUAGCAUUUCCAUGGAUCAUUUGCAAGCCCGAGCUGAUGCACUCACGUGCGAGAAAUCCGCAUGGAUUCUUGAUCUCAUCACGGUAAUUGCGCAAUUGGGACGACAUUGGGGAAAAUGUAAUUUCUAAACGUAUACAGGUUUCCCUCACUUUAUGCAGCAUUGAUGCACAAAGCGAAACCGCCUGAGACAACUGCCGGCCAAGUCGCUCGCACAGUACACACAAUGUUGCCCCACGUCCGACCGCGUAGCCACAUAUGUGGGAGUUCAAAUCACAUGUUGCGAAUUUUGGGUGAAAAUAGGAUGACCAUAUAUACGCAAUAUUGCACAAACCGGACACGCUUAAAGCGAAAGAAACAUGGAAUAUCGGUUUGUCAUGUGACAAUUAUGUAGCACAUUUGCAGGAAAGUGCACCCCGUACUGUGUGAUUGAUGACAGGCCACGAUUUACCAAGAGUCCUAUGAAAAAUAUAUUCUCUGGGUUCAUCUUCGAAGGCACAGCGCACUUUUCCGAGCGAUUCAAAUGGAUUCUUCAUCUCAUGACAUGGCGUCGAUUACGCACUUGGAUUAAGUUAUGGGUAAAAUACAAAAACAUUUAAUUCUGAACGUUAUCCAUUGUAAACCGAUCUGGGUACCCCGGGCUUAAUUUAUCACCGAAUAUAUUCUGUAUUGUUAGUAGCUUGAAAUACGGAUGUGACGAAUAGCCACUGCCAGGCGCAGAGAUUUUCCAGGUUGCUUUUCCCCUGACAGACCCACGUGAAAUUAAGUUCGGAUUGACCCGCAUAACACGUGGUAACUGAAAUUAGGAAGCCGUUGCGAUGCACACGUCCAUAGAUGCGCGCAUUUUAUCCUAAUUGAGCCAAUAGGAUUAACCAACUUGAAUGCUUGGCUAGACAUUGCACGCAGAUGUAACUUGACCAAAAGCAGAUGAUAAAAGUUGACAGAGACUUUAUAUUGGGAGCGAAAUGCUCUUCAGAGGUAUUUGGAGCACAUUUUAUAGAGACAAUGUGUGAACUUAGAUUAAGUACUUUUUUAAUUUUUUCCCCCCCGAGUGAUUUCGAGCUAUAAUGCUGUCGACUGAAGAUCUGGAGAGUUUCUCAAGAGCCAUGCUGUUGUAAAUCAUAAUAAUGAAACCUUAACUUGAUUUUUUUCAGCUUAUAACAUUCUGUUCACUUUUUUUGUAUGUAAAUAUAAAUAUCCAUACAAUUUUCGUUUCCUUUUGGAGGGGGUGGGGGGUUAUAUUAAAUUUGCAAACGAAAUUGUGUGCUUGGCAAAGCUAAUCUGUGGUUUAAAAAAAAAAUCCAAUUGACCUGUGAAUAUUUCAGAAUACGCGAGCCCUCGUCCUCAGUUCUCACACUCGUGCUGUCCUGCUCUCAUGCUCCCCUGUGUUACUUUCGAGUCGUUACCCCCCGGCGCACGUUGUGGUGGCAAACUCGUCCCCUACCACGUGCUGGGAUUUAAAAAAUAACGUGGGACAUCGUGCUGGAAAACUUGUCGGGGGCGAAAUAAAAACACUGGCUCACGUAACUUGAGAGCGGGCGGGAACCUUGCAAAAUAUUGCUGGAUAUUACAUGCCAUGAGGCAGGCCCCAUCGUCUCGAUAACAGGAAUGCACUAAGUCUCAAGGCUGGGGUCUGGGGACGUCUCUACGGCCCUUAAACAAUUUCACGAGGUGCAAUUUGAUUCAUAAUUUUAGGUACUGAUAUAUAUAAUAACUUCCUUUCUGUAAAAAAAAAAACUGCCUUUGCUAUAAUUAAAAAAAUUGUUCUGAUUGUACUGUGCAUUAAAGUAUUAUAUCAUUGAUUCAUUAAAUGUGACGACGUAAAUUCAUCUCAUGUGAUCAACAAUAAUUAUUUCAUACUUAUGGACAAUAAAGUGUUAACACUUAAAUGAUGCUGUCGCG